UACAUGACCAAGGUCAAUUAGAAAAUAUGAGCCUGAAAAAUUUGUGUAGGCUUUUGAGGCACGGGUCAUUACAAACAAGAUUACUAGCCAAUGAAAGCUUAGGAUCAAGACUAUAUCAAUCAUCUUCUGCAAUAAAGCAGUCUGUCGUCUGCUGUGGUUCAACGGUCAACCCAUCUACUCACAAACUAUCAGGAUGUAGACAGUUCCACACCAGUAUUCCAAGAAAUGAUGAAAAUGAAUCUAUGCCAGAUCCAGAAACAGGUUGGCCUAAGCUCAAAGAAGAAAAAGAAUGGUUAGACUAUAAUAAUAUUGUUUAUCCACCACAAAAGCCUGGAGAUCCUAAAAGACCAGCCGAAAUUUGUCAUCUGAGAAAGCACAUAAAAUACAGUCCAAAAAAACUUUGGUAUCAUGCACUUAUGAUUCGUGGUAUGUCAGUAGAUGAGGCUAUCAAACAGUUAUCAUUUCAAAAGCACAAAGGGGCACACAUCAUUAAAGAGACAAUAGAAGAAUGCCAGGAAAUUGCUGUCAAGGAUCACAAUGUAGAGUUUAAAUCAAAUCUGUGGGUUGAGGAUUCUUUUAUGAAACAGUCUGCAAUAGUAAAAGGCUUUCGUAUCAUGGGUCGAGGUCGUGGAUCUAGAGUCCGAUAUCGUUAUGUUCAUUACUUUCUACGAUUACGAGAAGGGAAACCACCCAAGCAUUACUAUCCACCGCCAGAAACAGGAUAUGAAAAAAUGGAGAACUAUAUUAAAGACCAGAGAAAAAGGAGAAUUUUCCUUGCAUUAUGAUAUGUUUAACCAAUAAAAUGCUUUUAAAAUAAAAAGAUGUUAUGUUGGAUGA